CAUAAUUUCACAUCAGGCUCUCUGGUGUGACACAGCUCCACGUUUCAGUCUGCAGCAAGACAGAGGGCUGUAAUUGCUUUGCUUUUCUCUACAAAUGUCUCAGUGUGCGUUUCUGCCUGCCUAAAAUGUUGCCAGCGUGUAAAGGAUUUUCAAUGAGCACCAGGGUGAACCAGCUUAGAGGGCUCUGGGAGCUGCAUUGAUUUGAAACUGUACAGACAUACAGAUGAUCGGUGCUCAAGCCAAGGCUCUGUAGUCUUAUAGAUCACAUCGAUUACCCUUAGGAACUUCAGCUCAUCUAACUCAGUCGUUGGCUAGCGGCUGCUAACUAGCCAUACUCUUCUACAGAAAUGUGGAGUGGAUUAUCACGUCGAGGAAUAUUUGGAAGUACAUGUCAUACCACCACCCUUCCUGCGUUGGUACGAACCCCGAGCCUCAUGAUGCAGCCAUCCCUGGAUUUAAAACAAUUUGUAUCAUUUCCAAUGGAUAACAGUCCUAGCAUCGGCCUCUUUCCAAACUUUAACACAAUGGACCCAGUGCAAAAAGCUGUAAUAAACCAUACCUUUGGCGUUUCCAUUCCACCAAAGAAAAAGCUGGUUAUUUCGUGCAACGUUUGCCAGCUUCGAUUUAAUUCUGAUAGCCAAGCCGAGGCACACUACAAAGGCAGUAAACAUGCCAAGAAGCUCAAAGCACUAGAGUCAACGAAAAAUAAGCAAAAAAUGGGUUCGCUCAAGGACAGCGCCAAGGCUAUUACAAGUGCAACGGCCAACCACAAAUCAGGUGACGAGGAAAGAUUAAAAAGCAACAAUUUCAUUAGUCACAGCAUGACAGAAGUAAGAUCAUUCUUCGCCAAGUCAGAGGUGGCCUUAACAGCAGUGAUACCAACGACACUGGUGAAAGACACCAAUGGCAGCGCAAUUAUUAUUACUGAAUCAGAGGAGGAGAAAGCCAAGAAGCUACUAUAUUGUUCACUAUGCAAAGUAGCCGUCAACUCUCUGUCACAGCUGGAAGCACAUAACACAGGUUCUAAACACAAAACAAUGAUUGAGGCCCGGAAUGGCGCAGGUCCUAUCAAAUCCUACCCAAGGUCUGGAUCCAGGCUAAAACUUCAGAAUGGCAGCAAAGGUUCAGGAUUACAGAAUAAAACAUUUCAUUGUGAAAUCUGUGAUGUCCACGUAAAUUCAGAAAUCCAGCUGAAACAGCACAUCUCCAGCAGAAGACACAAGGACAGAGUAGCAGGAAAGCCCAUGAAGCCUAAAUAUAGUCCAUAUAACAAAUUGCAACGCAGUCCAAGUAUUUUAGCGGCAAAGCUGGCAUUCCAGAAAGAUAUGCUCAAGCCUUUAACUCCGGCCUUCCUGUCAUCGCCUCUGGCAGCUGCUGUAACGUCUGCAAUCUCAUUACCACCUCGACCCCACAACUCACUGUUUCAGGGGUCAGGCUUAGCGCCUACCUUUCUAAGGCCAGCCCAUGGCUCUAUUCGUGCCACCACAGCCUCCAUACUUUUUGCACCAUAUUAGCUGCAAAGAACAAAAUAAAAACCGCAUACGAGAGACAAAAGGACUCGACUCUUCAGCUACGUAAAGACUCUUUGCACUGUUGUUGCUUCUCUAAACAGAAAAGGGCCGUCUCGAAAAACCAUAAUCAGAGAGCACACAGUUUCAGCCAUUUUUUUUUGCCAUUAGCAAAAGCUCGGUGAACACAAUCACUGAAACGCGUAUAGUAUGUGUUGUGAAAAGCAAGCUCUAAGCUUACAUAGGAUUGUUUUUGCGACCUUGUCUGUGAUCUGAGUACAGAAAACAUAUGUUAUCAUUAUUAUUUUAUUUUUUUCCUCCUGGCAGACUUGAAAUGGGUUCUUCCUAGUCCUUUGGUGUAAAUACUUGUUUGGAAUCCAAAUGUCCUUCUUGAAGUGUGGAAUACAUAAACUACAAAAAAAAAAAAAAAAAAAAAUGUUAAGUGCUUUAUUGUGGACAACACCACAUCAAUGGCUACUAUAAAGUAUUAUUCUCUGUGACCAACUUGUAGAGUCCACAUGGGGAUGCAUAAUAUUGUUAUAUAUCCAAGUAAUGUUGUGUCUUGUUUAGCUCUAGAAUGUAGAUGGUGUUUAACCAGUGGGAGGCAAUUCAGCUAUGAUACAGUGUUUGUUUGUUUUUUUCCUCAUUCCGUUUCUGUUUUGAUAGAUGAUUCAAACUAGAAAAGCCAUAUUAUAUUAUAUUGCCCUAAAGAGAGAUUGUUAUUUUGCUGCUUUUCUCAUAAAUCUUCUAGGAUAUUGUCAAAUAGCUCGAAAUAUACAGAAAAUAUUUAUACCCACAAAGAGAGAUGAU